GGGCUCUCUGUCGAGAGGCUAUUGCAACUCUUAUCUGCGCUUACGGACGCGCCUCGCCUGGCAGCCGCUAUCAGCCUUUGACCGCGCGUCACCGGGAGCAGAGAUUCUCGAAGCAAGCGCCCAGUGCAACCAACCUCCAUGCUACGACAUGGACCUGGCCGGCUGGACCAUGGGGAAGGCCGGAUAGUCCUGGUCUUCGAGAGCACCGAUGACUCUGAGCCGGGGAGAAGCGGCGACAAGGCCCCGUUCAGUUGGAGCGAGGCUACCAAGAGCUUCUGCUGCUAUCCGCUGAAGGUGUUCCUGCCGAGGGAAGCUGGCCGGCCGCGCUGCCGCUGGGUCUACCCGGUCGUGUUUGGUGGUGGCCUAGUGAGCGGAGACGCUGCCCACAUUGACAUCACUGCGACCGUCGGAACAUGCGUACUGCUCACGAGCCAGUCGUAUCCUAAGGUCUACCAGUCGAAGCCCGGGGAGUCAUCGGUGCAGCACUGUACCUACACUGUGCAAGACGGCGCUUUGCUCUGUGUGCUGCCCGACAUCACGGCGUGCUUUGCGGACGCCUGCUUUGACCAAACACAGACAGCGCACCUCUCGGCCGCGGCCAACAUCGUCCUGCUCGACUGGUACCUCGCUGGACGCGUGGCCAACGGCGAACGGUGGGCGCUGACCAGGCUGGCGUCGACAAUCAAUGUUCACGUGGAAAGCGAGCUGGUUCUCCGUGAAGCCGUCGACAUGGCUGCCAUCGCGGGCUUGUCUCUCCAGCAGUAUGGCGCGUACGAUGUCACUGGCGUCUGCGUGCUGCUCGGUCCCUACGUGGCACCACUGGCGGCUAGCAUCUGCAGCCAGCUGGAGAGACGCGAGCCGUACGGCGUGCAGCCGAGCCGCUCCUUUGUCGCAGCCUGCAGCCCGCUCCGCUCCGAUGAUGGGAAGCUGAGGGGAUGCGUGAUGAGGAUUCUGUGCUUGUCGUCGCAACAGGCCUACUCAAAGCUUCAGGAGCUUCUUGAGCCGCUGUUCUUCGUGGUUGGCGGAAAUCCCUUCGCACUCAAGCACUGAGACCAUUGGGCAGCGCCGUACAACGCCGUGUUGAACGUCGGCCGCCGGGCUUCCAUGCGGACAAGUUGGAUGGGUGCAGGCGGUUGGUUGCCAAGCGCCGCCUCUCGGUGCAGGAACGAAGUGGAGCGGUACAAAAAGCGGUCGCAAGAAUCGCUGAAAAGAGACAACAAUUGCAUGUAUGGCGUU